AUGCCUAUCAAUAUCAUCGGAAGUAUGGUCGUUCAAGGGCCAGAGGUCCUUCCAGGCUGGCAAUACAUCAAGAGCUAUGGACCGCUAUUAGCAGUGAUUGGUGGUUUGAAAUACUAUUGCCGCGGUACUACAAACACUUGGGAAAGAGAUCUUCAUGGGAAAGUUUAUAUCAUUACUGGUGGUACUUCUGGACUAGGUGCUGCUCUUGUCGAUGAUUUAGCUGCUAGAGGUGCUCAACUUAUCUUGUUGGUGAGGUCAAUUGAAGAUGCGUGGUUAACGGAAUAUAUUCAAGAUCUUCGAGACAAGCAUUCAAAUUUCUUGAUUUAUGCUGAAGAAUGUGAUUUAUCCUCUUUAUACUCUGUUAGAAAGUUUGCCACUAAAUGGUUAGAUAAUUCACCUCCAAGAAGAUUAGAUGGGGUUGUUUGUACUGCUGCUGAAGCAUUACCUUAUGGUAAAGAACGUGAAAAUUCUAUAGAUGGUUUAGAAAUUCAAACCGCUGUGAAUUAUGUUGGACAUUAUCAUUUAUUAACUUUGUUAUCACCUUCAUUAAGAGCUCAAAUACCAGAUAGAGAUGUUAGAGUGAUAUUAACAACUUGUUUGUCUCAAGCAAUGGGUAAUUUAGAUUUAAAAGAUCCAUUAUUCAUAGCUAAACGUUAUCCAAAGAAUAAACCAUGGACAGUUUAUGGUACUUCCAAAUUACAAUUGGGAUUAUUUGCUAAAGAAUUUCAAAGAAGAUUAUUAGCUGUACCAAGAAAAGAUGGUUCGCCACUUAAUGUUAGAGUUAAUGUUGUUAAUCCAGGUUUUAUGAGAUCUCCAAGUACCAAGAGAGUUUUAAGUUUUGGUUCAUUAUUCGGAUUAUUUUUAUACUUGGUAUACCUACCUAUAUUAUGGGUUUUUUUAAAAUCAUCUGCUCAAGGUAUUCAAUCAAUAUUAUAUGCAUUAAUGUGUCCUGAUUUUAUUAAUUUAGAUGGUGGUAAUUUCAUUUCAGAAUGUGACAUAUAUAAACCAGCAAGAGCUGAGUUUGAAGAUGCAGAAUUACAGAAGAACUUGUUUGACGCUACAGAGAAAUUUAUUUCUGAAGUGGAAAAAGAUUCUGCUUAUAAACGUAAAAAGGCAGAAGCUAUAGCUAAAAAAUCCAAAGAAACUAAAGAUAAGAAAGAAAAAGAAUCCAAUGCGAAAUCAAACGAUAACUCGAAAGAAGAUAUUGGUUUGAAAACAAAUAGUCAACCUAAAGGUGAAGUACCAUUAUUCCCAGAAUUAGAUAAAGAUGGUAAUAUCAAAUCAAGUAAACCUGCAGCAACCAAUAAUUCCAAAUCCAAGAAUAACAAGAAGGGUAAAAAGGGUAAAAAAACUUGA